AUGAACAUCGUCGAGUGGGCUUUUGGAAAGCGCAUGACGCCAGCCGAGCGUCUGCGAAAACAUCAACGAUCGCUUGAGAAAACGCAACGGGAACUCGAUCGCGAGCGCACGAAGCUCGAGAAUCAGGAGAAGAAAUUGAUUCAGGAAAUUAAGAAGAGUGCGAAGAAUGGACAGAUGGGGGCGGCUAAAAUUCAGGCGAAGGAUUUGGUGAGGACGAGGAGAUAUGUUGAGAAGUUUUAUAGUAUGAGGACGCAGUUGCAGGCGAUUAGUUUGAGGAUUCAGACGGUUCGAACGAAUGAGCAAAUGAUGCAAGCGAUGAAAGGGGCAACUGGAGUUCUGGGAAGUAUGAAUCGAAGUAUGAAUCUACCUGCAUUACAGAGAAUCGCUAUGGAAUUCGAGAAAGAGAACGAUAUUAUGGAUCAGAGGCAAGAAAUGAUGGAUGAUGCGAUUGAUGAUGUGACGGGGUUGGAAGAUGAGGAAGAAGGAGAGGAAGUCGUAGAGCAGGUUUUGGAGGAGAUUGGUAUUGAUUUGAAAGCUGCGAUGGGUGAGACUCCUCAGGGUUUACAGAGUUCGAUGGUUCCUGAGGGGAGGGUUGCGCAGGCGGUGGGUGGGGGUGGGGGUUCUGGCGGUGCGGAUCCGGGUGAUGAUGAUUUGCAGGCGAGACUUGAUAGUUUGAGGAGAGAUUGA